GUAUUUCCAUAUGACUUCAAUUAGGCCUAAUAUCCGUCUGGCCUGUGUUUUCAGCGAUGGAGGGUAUGAGGUGCUCUGUCGAAUCAUGGGCAGCAUUCGGUCUGUUGAAGACAUCUGAUGUGAAGUUAAUUUUGGCUGAGACAGAAGUUGUUUUUAGCACAGGUCGAGAUGAAGUGCUCAUCUUCAGUGGCACAGAAAAGAGAGUCCAGGAUGUUCUUCAGUUUGACUCACCUGUGUCUCACCUGACGCUAUGUAAGCGACGCCUUAUUUAUGCACUCUGUGAGAACGAUGGAGUUUACUGUGUCAGUUUCCCACAACAAUCCAGGUCUGUUACAGAGGACGAAGAUCCUAUAGUGCAUAGAGUAACAGAGGAAUCCAUCCUACUCAGAGACAAAACUGUGGUGUCUUUCUAUAUCAUCGAUGACAUCCUUAUCACUGUAUCUCAGGACACGGCCCAAUGGAGGCUGUGUCUCUACAGAACUACAGAUGGCAAACAUGUCUCCCUCAGGAAACUUGCAGAGCAUCGCAUCUCAUCCAUUUACACUGACGUACCACAACGUAACAGCAAGUCUGUGGAACACAAGGAUGCUGGAUCCUCAGUCCGACACCCAGUGUUGACGUGUGUCUACCCCAGUGGAGGCGCUUCGUUUGCGGGGGACACGAGCAGGUCUCCUGACUACCUCCUGGAUCCCGUGCUGUUCAGCCUCUUGUUCAGUGUGGACGCUGCCCUCCUCAACUCACCCGUGGUCCUGUGCGGGUUACCAGACGGACGUGUGUGCUACCUGCCCCUGUUGCUACCGGUCACAACAGCAGCAUCCUCGCCUGAGGAGCAGAGGACAGCCCUGAGAGUCCUGCACAGCCUCGAGCAGCCAAUUGCCUUCAUCGGAACUGCAGUCGCCACGGAAACCGGAGGGGGCGUCCCAAGAAGCCUGGUGGUGAUUGGUCAAACGGGGAGAGUGCUACAGCUGACGGCCAAUGAGCAUGAGGGGGAAGGAAAGAUGACAGGCUUCAAUGAGUUCAGGGUUCGGGGGCCGGUGGUAUGUGCUUGCACGAAUGGCAGCCACGUUUACUACAGCACUGGAUCUGACCUGCUGGCUCUGAAAAUGAGCGUAUCAUCACCAUCAUCAUCAUCAUCAUCAUCCAAUCAGACUGGACCGCCAGACUCCCUCACUCCUCUUCCAGUCAGUCUGAAGGUCAGCAGGGUCAUCGCCAUGACGCCCACCUCAGGUGACCCCACCACAGAGGAUGGUGUGGAGCUGCUGGCGCUGACUCAGCAUGGGAAGCUCCAGAAAAUCCGGGUCCCUCAGCUCCAGCAGCAGCCGGGACAGGGGGGUGACAGAGGCAGCGCGCCCAGGAUGCCUGCAUCUGUGGCCGGCCAAAGGGUGAAGGACCUCCUGGCGGGGAUCGGGAAUGUCUGGGAGAGGGCAUCUGCGUUGAAAAACUCUGUUGAACAGAGGAACAGCAGCCUGAAGCUUCUCAACCAAGUUCUCAACAUCUCCAUCGCAAUGCUCUCCAAUCAGAAAACAGAAGACCAGUCAUGUGACGGUCAGCAGCCAAUCAGGUGCCGUGGAGUGACCAGUUGGACCCGUGUGUUGCAGGAGGAAUCCUUGAUGCUAACAUGCACAUUAGAGAACAACAGUGGCUUUGUUCUAGAACGCGGUUGGUUCCUGUGCAUUCACGUCCACCCAGCGUCCAGUUCCCCGGCUGCUGAAACCAAGAACCCUUCGAGAACGUACACCUUCCCACUCCAGAAGCUGGAGACAGGACGCGAGGCCUCCCAGACCUUGCCUCUCGGAACCACCAAAUCUCUCUCCCUCCCUCUGACCGUGUACUGCUCCCUCAUGUUCUCCACGUGUUCUAUCGGUUCUCCAGAAGAACCGCAAUUCAAAGGACUGGAGAACACUGGUCUUGUUCAACAACGGCCUUCAACGCUCACGGCCCUCACCCCCUCUAAAGACUGUGUGUGCCUACCCCUGAACACGCUAACUGUAGACGCGCUGGACGCAUUCCAACUAGAUACCGCCGCGUCAGUCACCAGCACGGUCUCCAGGCAGCAGUUGUCGACGACGGCAACAAUGUCACCUGACCCCAUCCACGCCCUCCUCGUCUCCCGGGGGAUGGAGGUCGACGGUGACCUCUCCAAGGUCAGAGACCAGAGGUCACAGCCAUAUGCAGCGGUGGUGAAGAUCUCCGCAGAGUGCCUGAGAGCCAGACUUAAAGAUAUAGGCUCCAGCGCGGCUCCAGAGACAAGGGGGCAAGAGCCGUGUCUGGCUGCCCUCAGGUGGCUCCUCAGUGGGGACGGCGUCAGGACAGAGAGGGGGCUGCUGGAGCCUCUGCAGACACCCAUGGUCAUGGGGCAUGGACCCACGGGUUGCUCAGCUAAGAUAAGCGUUAAAGAGGUGACAAUGAGUGACGUGUAUGUGUCUGGUCCGCUGAGUGUGCUGGAGGUCCACAUAGAGAGCUUCUCCUUGGAGAUGGUGUGUGGGCUGCAUCACGCCGUGCUCCAACGCAUACAGAGCCUUGUGAAUGGCUGCAGAAGGAGCCAGGAGCCCCAUGUGCGGCUGAGAGAGGAGAGUCUGAGGCAGGCCGUCCAGCGUGCAGAGGCUCUCCAUAAGGCUCUGCAGGAGGCCCUGGCCCCCACUGCCCUGGGCAUCAGCAGCACCAGCCACAACACCACCCACAAGCUACUCUCCAUCUAUCAACAGCUGCGAGACAACCCACUACUCGUCCUCUGAGCCACACACACACACACACACACACACACACACACA